AUGGCGGCGGCGAGGGCCCGUGCGGCGGCGGCGGCCUUGGAGGCGGCGGCGUCCCCCCCACGGGACGUGGUGCUUUUCCGACACGAACGGGACCGGUUUUUCCGUUUAGCCGGGUUCUUCUGUGCGGGGCAGGGUCUUUUUUGGGCCUACCUGGCUCAUUUCGCUUUUACGGCUCUUCGACCCGCACCCGGUCCCGGUCCUGGUUCCGGUCCCGACGAUCCGCUCCGGCCCCGCGAUAAUAAAUGGAGAUUCGGUUUCACCGCCUCCUGCCUCACCCUCGGCUCUCUGAUCGUGGCAGCCGGUUGCCUGUUCCCGCUCCGUGCCGUCCGUCAGGUGACGCUGCUACGGGGCGGUUCGGAGGUGACGAUCAGCACCCACGGACCGAUGGGACUUGGCCGGGGUCCCACUGUCACCGUCCCGUUACGCCACGUCUCCUGCCGCGCUCACCGCAGCGAAGUGCCGGCCGCCGUCCCCCUCAAGGUGAAAGGACGACCGUUUUAUUUUUUGCUGGACAAGAGGGGACAGAUUUACAACCCCCGGCUCUUCGACAUCACCAUCGGCGCCUACCGCAAGCUCUAGUUGAUGCCAGGGGCCAGUCGGGACUGUUCACCCCUUGCCGCUUCCAAAUAAACCCCUGAGCCCCCCCCCCAAGCCG